CGCGGCAGGCGGGGAGGAGCCUCAGAGGGGAGGUGUCGAGUCGCGCUUCCGGCGGGCAGCACUGGGGCUGUGUGGAGUCCCGCCUUGCCGCCCCUCGAGCGCCCCCAGCUUCGCUGCUGGCCGGAACCUGCACCCCAAACCAGGAAACACCUGGCGGCGGGCGCGGGAUGGCUGGGUCCGGCUGGGGUCUCCCUCGGCUGGACGGUUUCAUCCUUACCGAGCGCCUGGGCAGUGGCACGUACGCCACGGUGUACAAGGCCUACGCCAAGGUGGGUGUGGGCGGGUUGUGCCCGAAGUGUCCGGGCGCUGGGCACUCGGCUCCUGUGCCAGCCAACUCCCUGCAAUCCCGGCUGGGUGACAGGCCAAGCUGUGCAGGAAAGGCGACCACCUUGAGAGCAGUAAGGCCAGCGGCUGCCUGGCACCAGGCGGAUGGAGGAGGCGGGAGCUAACCGCCCCUUUUAGGUUUUAAAAAAACCACGCCAGUUUGGUCUGGAGGGGCGGGCGUGACCUAAGGGAACCUCGCUAUCAGUGGUUGAAGAACCGGCUCGGCACGGAAGUUGCCUUAGGACUGGGAGGAGUCUAGGGUCAGACUCCCAGGAGGAAGCACCAGUUAGAAUGCAGAGUGGCUAGCUCUUUAAAUAGUGACACCCACCCCCGCGCCACUCUAGAAAGUGAUGCCAUAGGUUAGAAGCAUGGCAUUGGCACUUGCCAUGCUGGGGUGGGAAGCCAGGAUUCCAGAGAUGCCUCAUUGAUUUGAGAAGUUGAAACUGGGAAAUUUGGAGACCCGAGGAGAGUGGACAGACCCAGACAGGGAAAGGUUGCUGAGGGAACCAGAGCCCACUCCAGCCCGUGGGGUCGGCCCCUUCAAGACAGAGACCCCAAAUUUCCUGUACCACAGAAGGCUACUCGGGAAGUGGUAGCCAUAAAAUGCGUGGCCAAGAAAAGUCUCAACAAGGCGUCAGUGGAAAACCUCCUGACUGAGAUUGAGAUCCUCAAGGGCAUUCGGCACCCCCAUAUCGUGCAGCUGAAAGACUUCCAGUGGGACAAUGACAAUAUCUACCUCAUCAUGGAGUUCUGUGCAGGGGGUGACCUGUCUCGCUUCAUCCAUACCCGCAGGAUUCUGCCUGAGAAGGUGGCCCGUGUUUUCAUGCAGCAGUUGGGUAAAAAAGCCUGUGGCACACCCCAUGCCCUCUUCUCCCCUAUUCCAGAGCUUUGCAGUCUCCCAUGUGUGUGUCUCUAGCGUUUGUGGGGAAUUCAGACUUCCUCAUGGUGAACAUGAUGUAAGAACCUUGUGGAAUCUUCCAGGGCCCAGUAGGUGGAACCCAAGUGCUUUAGCAAGGGAGAAUGCAAAGUCCAAAAGGGCUUAGGCUUUUCUGGAGGCUCCUUGAAGGGAAGACGAUCUUAUGAAGGGUGCAAAAAGCAGGCACCUGGGAACUCUUAGAGCUAGUGCCCUGCAGUUCCUGCAUGAACGAAACAUCUCUCACUUGGAUCUGAAGCCGCAGAACAUCCUCCUGAGUUCUUUGGAGAAGCCCCACCUGAAACUGGCAGACUUUGGCUUUGCCCAGCAUAUGUCCCCGUGGGAUGAGAAACAUGUGCUUCGUGGCUCCCCGCUCUACAUGGCUCCUGAGAUGGUGUGUCGGCGGCAGUAUGACGCGCGUGUGGACCUCUGGUCUGUGGGGGUCAUCCUGUACGAAGCUCUCUUUGGGCAGCCUCCCUUUGCCUCCAGAUCGUUCUCAGAGCUAGAAGAGAAGAUUCGUAGCAAUCGGGUUAUUGAGCUCCCUCUUCGGCCCCAACUCUCCCUAGACUGCCGGGACCUGUUGCAGCGACUUCUAGAGCGGGACCCCAGCCAUCGAAUCUCCUUUCAGGACUUCUUUGCCCACCCCUGGGUGGACCUGGAGCACAUGCCUAGUGGGGAGAGCCUGGCACAAGCAACAGCCCUUGUGGUGGAGGCCGUGAAGAAGGACCAGGAGGGGGACGCUGCUGCUGCCCUGUCACUCUACUGCAAGGCCCUGGACUUCUUUGUACCUGCACUACACUACGAAGUGGAUGCCCAGAGGAAAGAGGCGAUUAAGGCGAAGGUGGGGCAGUAUGUGUCCAGGGCAGAGGAGCUCAAAGCCAUUGUCUCCUCCUCCAAUCAGGCCCUGCUAAGGCAGGGCACAACUGGCCAAGAGCUGCUGCGAGAGAUGGCCCGUGACAAGCCACGCCUCCUAGCUGCCCUGGAAGUGGCCUCAGCUGCCAUGGCCAAGGAGGAGGAAGCUGGCAAAGAGCAGGAUGCCCUGGACCUGUACCAGCACAGCCUCGGGGAGCUGCUACUGCUGUUGGCAGCAGAAGCCCCAGGCCGAAGGCGGGAGCUCCUUCACACUGAGGUUCAGAACCUCAUGGCUCGAGCUGAAUACCUGAAGGAGCAGAUCAAGAUCAGGGAAUCUCACUGGGAAGCAGAGAGUCUGGACAAAGAGGGGCUGUCGGAGUCUGUUCGAAGUUCUUGCACACUGCAGUGACUCCAGAAGAACCUGUGCAUGGAACAUGAACCUAGAGAGAAGCUUCGUACCAAGCCAGGUUGAUGCCUGUGCACCUGGGACCUCUGGAUGAGCUCCUCCCACCUCCUAGUUCCCAGCAUUCCUCAGUGUUCUCCACCCUUGGGGCAUCUGGUGGCAGGUGUACUAAACUCUGGGAGAAUUACUUUAAUAUGACUUUGUCAUUAGGUGAUGGCUGACCUAAGCCUGUUAGCUUUAGGACACCAUCACCCUGUUGUUUUUUUCUGCAAAGAGGGCAUCAUAUCUCUUCAAGACACUUCAGUUCCUUCCCUACUACCAAGCAGCUGCUGUACCUGGGCCAACCCUUCCUGGGAACCUGUAUUCCAACCCUACUUUCUUCUUGCACUGGAAUGGGACAGUCUGAUACCCUCAGGGACUACCUACCCUACAGUAUGCACUCAGCCCCACAGACUCUCCAGUCUUCCUGGGAGCUCACAGCCGCCCUCCUUUUCAGUUCUUUAAGACAAUCCAUCAUGCAUGAGAGUCGUGUCUUUUGUCAAGGUGGAGUACCUGUGAGAAUUCCAGACCUGUCCUUGCCUUGGCAUGGAGGAGGGGGUCUGCAAACCCCUUCUUACAGCUCGCUUUGAGGGGAUAUGCCCCACUAGUCACAUGGUGGGCCCUGAGCUAGAGCUGGGUCUUGGCUGAGUCUUCCCUUCUGUCCUGUUAAACUGUGGAAACAUCCACAGCUUACACCCUGUGUGAGCUGGAGAAGAACUUACAUACCUGGAGUUACUGGGGGAUUUUUUUUUAACAGUACCCCCAAUCAUCAUCUUGUUUCAGAUUUUUCAAAUUCUUAUUGAAGGCUGAUCUUGAAUAAGGUGCAAGGGAGCUGUUCUGCCACAGAUGACCCCAUAUGACAAGCGCUGAAUGUCCCUUUCUUUCUUCCUUUCUUCCUUUCUUUCUUUCUUUCUUUCUUUCUUUCUUUCUUUCUUUCUUUCUUUCUGUGUGUAGGUGUGGUGUGUGUGUGUGUGUGUGUGUGUGUGUGUGUGUGUGUGUGUGUGUGUGUAUGAAGGGUUAUUUCUAAAGUUAGAGAAUAUUGGUGAUUUCCAAUCAUUCUGCCCUAACUGCCUCCUUAGGACAAAGUGAAACAUCCUCCUGGCUAGAGGCUGGAUGUAUGUCAAGAAUGUAGAUCAUUGUUUCUCUAUUAAAUUAUUUUCCAUA